CCGUCAGUAUCGGCCAUGCUCGCCGAAUGUCAAGAUCGCCAGCGUCAUAUAUGAAUAGGUUAUGUUCCGAUAUACACUAAACACUACCAGUACAGAAAAUCUAUAAUAUAUGUAAUAUAGAUUUCCAGUUUUGGAGUAUUGGCAAUAUAUGUACAUCGGAAAAUAGUCAUAGUGGCCAUAGUAUAAAAUAAUAUUUUGGUGAUGCAACGAUGUAGCCUAAUGUAUUCGAAAAUAGGAGAAAAGUUAACAAACGAGUUUAAUUGUCAAAUUUGUGGGACCUGUAAAUAUCGCAAAAGCUAUAAAAUUCUCGCACGAUUAAAGCAAUGGCAAAACGACGAGCAUAGCUGAUAAGAAUGCACGCACUCGAUCCUGUCCUUCGAAGAAACUGCAUAAUGAUCAUUUAUUCAAAACGCAGUCCAAGGUAUCCACGAUUAAUUAAGCAAAAGAAAGAAUUUGUAUGAUUAGAUAAAUUUUAGCAUCCUUGGGGUCAUACUUCUGUCAUUUUUCAUUUUAAAGAAAAUUUAUUAUUUCCAAGAAUCUUAUUAUUCCUCAAGAAUAUAUGUCUUAUAAAAUAUUCUAACGCUGCAUGCUUUCCCAUCCUCUAAAAGAGGGAAGAAUAUAGGGAAAAUUGAGAGAAAUAUAUAGUUUUACGAUAACUGGAGAAAUACAGAUAUUUGACAAAUAUACAAGCGUAGAAGAAAACGUGUAUAUAAAAAUGUAUUCUUAAAAUAUUAUUAAGCUUCUCAUAAAUGUUUCUUAUUAUUAACCAUAGAAUCGGAAAAUCCUCCCUUGUGUCUCUAGAUAAUGGUGCUGUUAAAAAAUCAGAAAAUUGUUUUACAAUAAGCAGGAAAGAAGCUUCCUUAACAACGUAAUAUUUAAUUUUGAAGAAUCAAUGUGUAUUUUAUUUAAUUGUCAGUAAUAAUGCAAGCCGAACAAGCGUCGGUAUAGGAUUAUGGAUUAUGUAAUUGUGUCGCGUUAAGACAGAAAUUCCCGAAAUAAAUGCAGCCACGAGGGCUAUAAUAUUGGCGACGACGAUAUGCUUCAUUAUCGUGGUCGACGGGUACAAAGUCACUUCCGCGAUUUAUUUUCGCGCAUCAAUCUCAGACGUUUUCAGCUCCGAGACUAGCGCUUCACCAAAGAGAUUUUGAUGAUUAAUAAUGCGUAUAUAUUUAGUGCAAACGCGCCCAUAUAAUUAGCAUAUUACAUAAGUAAAAUAUAAUGAGCAUCGAGAUUUUGUGCUGUGUAUAAUACAUUUCAGGUUCCUAAAUUGUACUAUAAUUUCUCACAUGACAUGUUAACGAUCGAUAUUAAUAAAUCUGUAUGGAGAUAAUUAAUAAUUAUAGUAAUAUACGAAAAAAACAAUUAAAAGAGAUCCUUUAUCUGCCAAGGUGACGAUGUAUAAAGUAACGUCGGAAAUAUACACGGAAAACGAUCGUAUCUCCGAAAAACUAGACAGUGGCAAUACGGUAACCAAAUUCACUUUUAAAUAUCCGUCAUACAUGAUCGACUCGGGAUCAACGGAAGAAACGUUAAAUUACGAUAGCGACGACGAUCUGGAUGUGGAGAGAGAUAGAGAAGGAACGAUUCAGAUAGAACAUAGCGUAUCCACGGAGCUCAAUUUAGUCGGUUUGCAAGUCUGGAGAGGCGCUUUCCUGUUAGCCGACUAUAUCCUAUCCCAUCCGGACUUGUUUAAGAAUCAAACGAUUCUGGAAUUAGGAUCAGGAGUUGGCCUGACCAGCAUUGUAGCGAGUUAUUUGGCUAAGGAAGUCAUUUGCACGGACAUCAAUGCGGGUGAUAUUUUGAAUCUAAUUAAACGGAAUUUUCUGAGGAAUCACUCCUACGUCCGAUCCGGUUAUCGUAUCGAAGAAGUGAAUUUCUUAAACCUGGGAUGGACGAAGAAGUUGGAGGAGAGAUUACAGAGCGCAAAUAUUAUAUUGGCAGCGGAUGUCAUCUACGAUGACAAAAUUACGGAUGGAUUUGUCCGCACAUUGUCGAAACUUCUAUACACGAAGGAGAAAAAGAUCAUUUACAUCGCACUGGAGAAGCGAUACGUCUUCACUAUCGCCGACUUGGACACUACCGCUCCGAUGUACGAGGAAUUUUUACGUUGCGUCGAAAAGUACAAAAUGAAUUGGUCUAUAGAUUAUAUUAAUAUUGAUUUCCCACGCUAUUUCAAAUAUAAUAGAGUCAAACAUUUGGUUUUAAUGAAGAUACAAAACAAUAUAAGAUCUAUUGCAUAUGUAUAGCGAACAGCUUACGUUCUUAAUAAGGUACGCGCGAGUAACACAGUAUAUUAUGCGAUAUAACAUAUAUUAUAUAAAAUAUUCACGUCAGUAUUACAAGUAGAAAGACAGAGUUUAAAGUUGCCAGAUUAAAAAAUUAAGAUUUUUUCAUAGAUGUACACUUAUAUCUAACAAAAUAUAUAGCAUCACAAUUAAUGUAAGUUGUGUAAAAAGUAAUUGUCUACUUAAAACAAGUCACUUCUCGGGUAUUGUUUUCGCCAACACACGUGCAUAAAAUAAUUAAACGGUAAAAACUUUUUGCGCGAUUUUUAAACAAGAUUUAGCUUAAGUUAGGAUAUUAUAUCUAGAAAUCUCUUCUCUUUAAUCCUUUGAUUAAAAACGGUAACCAAAGGAUUAAUAAGAAGAAAAUAUUCUGAUUGUUCGUGAAAAUGACAGCUAUGUGAUAUAGAUUUCUCACGUCCACAAUUUUAUUUCAUCGUUUAUUCUCUUAUUUACAACCUAUUAUAGAUAAUAUUAUAUUGGACAGUGAAUUGGAAGUCGAUCGAAGAGAACGAUAAUUCCGUUAAGCUUAAAAAUGCCCCGGCAUUUGAUCGGCGGCGUACGUUCUAGGAAUAAAAAAAUUUCAUUAUACUACCUACAAUGUAAAGAAGACAGUAUGUAUAUAUAAAGGAAUGUAAGCGCUUCUUCGAACGACCGCGGCAGUACAGGUUGUAAUAUGUUACACGCAAAAUUCAUAACAGUUCUAGUAUACUAAUUGAUAUACUAGAGAUCUGAACCGCCAAGAGUGUGUUACACACGCGAAAGAACGACGAUCGCCAGAGGGAUUAAUAGUCGAUUAAUAGAAUGCAAAUUAUCGAUUAAUCUCAUUAAUGCGAAGCGAAAGUAUAAUAAUUGAUUCGCGAAUUUCAGAACGAUAUCUUUUAAAUCGUCGACCGUCGUUCCGCGGAUUCAGAUCUACGCUUGGUUUGGUAAAAAGGCACUUUCGCUCUACCGAUCCGUCUCUCUCGAUGUAGAAAAUGUAUAAUUUACAGCCUCAUAAUUUUUUUGUUUUAAUAUACUUUUAUGUAUGUAUAUACAUGUACACACGUAUAUAAAUACACGCUCGCGGGAAUAUCUGAAAUUGCAGACAUAGCAUUUUGUCACCACAUUCAGCGUUCGCCUUACUCCUCUUCUCCCCCUUCCCUUCCAAAAAGA